AUGGAGAAAAAAUGGACAUAUUGUGCUGUCUGUUCCAUCAUCCAGAUACAUUUUGUCAGGGGAGUAUGGGGAAAAGCAUCCAAUGAAGAAGACAUCUAUGCUUUCCCUGGCUCUGAUGUCAACUUGACCUGCCAAACAUGGAAGAAAGACUUGUUGGUACAGAUGCAAUGGUCCAAGGUCACUGACAAGUUGGACCUGAUUGCUCUUUAUCAUCCCCAAUAUGGCUUGCACUGUGCCAAUGACAGUCCCUGUGAAUCACUGGUGACUUUCACAAAAACUCCCAGAAAUGUGUCAAAAUGGACCCUGCACUUAAAGAACGUGUCCUCUUCAUUCACCGGGAAGUAUGAGUGUAGCUUUACUCUGUUUCCAGAGGGUGUUCGGACUAAAAUCUACAACCUGCUCAUUCAGACAAAUGUUACACAGGAUGAACGGAGAAGCAGCCAUUUAAUAGAAGUACAGAUAAAUCAGACUCUGGAAAUACCAUGCUUUCAAAAUAUCUCCUCAGAAAUUUCGUCUGAGUUCACCUUUGCAUGGUUGGUGGAAGAUAAUGGAACUCAGGAAGCAUGUAUCACCCAAGGUCACUCCAUCAGCAACUCCACACUAUUUAAAGACAGAGUCAAGCUAGGUACAGACUAUAAACUCUGCCUCUCUCCAAUCCAAAUCCACGAUGAUGGCCGGAAGUUCUCCUGCCACGUUAUGGUCAGACCUGGUAAAACCUUGAGGAGCUCCACCACAGUCAAGGUUUUUGCUAAGCCAGAAAUCCCCAUGAUUAUGGAAAAUAACUCUACGGAUGUCUUGGGAGAGAGAACAUUUACCUGCUCCCUGAGGAAUGUAUUUCCCACAGCAAAUCUCACGUGGUUUAUAGAAGGAGGCUUUCCUCAAGGUGAAAAAGAAGAAAUAUACAUUACUAAUGAAGAGAGAAAAGACAAAAGUGGAUUUUGGGAGCUGAAGUCUGUUUUGACAAGCGUGUAUGGUAAUAAGCCAGCCCAACCAAACAACCUGACCAUCUGGUGCAUGGCUAUGUCUCCAGUCCCUGGGAAUAAAGUGUGGAAUAUCUCGUCUGAAAAGAUCACUUUUUCCUUGGGCUCCAUGAACCCUCCGACAGACUCUCCGCUUAAUGUUGUCACACCUACCCUUGUCACCCGAACUUCUCCAACCAACAGAGUAUCUCCUACAAGAUAUCCAGCUACCUCAUCAACAACCCUUGGAGAUGUGGGUACAUCGACUCCAAAUACCAUCCCUCAAACCAGCAAUUCCAGUGCGACUACCCAAGGCUUCAACUACUCCUGGACCUCCAGCGGGAAAGAUACCAAAAACUCAGCUCCAUGGAUGCCCAGUGAAACAGACAGUUCAUCCCCCUCAGGCGUAGGCUCAACAAUUCAAGGUGAUGUCUUCAUCAGCACAACCAGAACAUCUUCAGAAGUUCCCACAACUGCCAAAUCUACUAACAGCAGUCACAUCCAUAUCACUGGUAUCGUGGUUAAUAAACCUAAAGACGGAAUGUCCUGGCCAGUGAUCGUAGCAGCCUUGCUCUCUUUCUGCAUGGCAUUGUUCGGUCUUGGAGUGAGAAAAUGGUGUCAAUACCAGAAAGAAAUCAUGGAAAGACCCCCGCCUUUCAAGCCACCUCCACCCCCCAUCAAGUACACUUGCAUUCAAGAGUCCAUUGGAAGUGAUCUGCCUUGUCAUGAGAUGGAGACACUCUAG